AAGGAGAUUUCUCGACCCUAUUAAGUGCUAGGGAAUUGAGUCAAGCAUGCUUAAAACGUUACAGCAAGCUGAAACCAUCUUCUGAAAACGCUGAAGGCAAAUAAAACAGAACUUAUCGAGUACGCGACCGGACAGGGCCAACCAGCCAGACUUCCGCCGGACUGAAUGGCAAUCAAUCCGAUUCACCAUGGACUUCCUCACUGCGGAUCACAAGGGAAGCUGCGUCCACCUCAGAACACGCGGAAAAGAAAGUCGCCCCUGGGGCCCUUCUCCGACCUCAGGCGGCCGAGACAGCCCGCAGCUAAGCUCUGGAGCUUGCAUACAGGAAGUAGCUACCUUAGGGCCGUCGCAGGCCGGCGGGCGACGCGGCUCCCUCCGGGACGCGACCCGGGAGUCCGCUCAGACCCCCACGCAGGCAGCUCGCUCCUGCGUGCACACAGCCACCGUCUCCGGCGACGUCCCGCGGGAAGUUCGUGCAUCCGGGACUGCAGUGAGCGCCGCCUCCUCCAUGGGAGAGCCGAGAGGAGCCUACCUCGGACAGCCUUCGGCCGCACGGCGGCCAGCACCAGAGGAGCCGCCGAGAACCUGCCGAGAAACCUGGACGCAGAUUAGUGACAAGCCUAGAGACCAGCUUCGAAAAGUUCAACACAGCACUGACCAAGAACUGGGCCAUGAGGAACAAAGGAAAAGGAUCUGUGACUGCAGAUUUUCCCCCAGAGCACUGACUUGGGAAUUUUUAUCUUCUUUUGCACUUCCAAGUGAAUUGUGAAAAACUGAAUUUGUAAAAUAAACAAAAGCAUGAAACCUACUGAAGCAAUCUGUAACCAGAUGUAAAUCCGGGUGACCUGGUUGUUCCAAACCUUAAGAGAACUAUUAAUGCUAUAAAUUUUGCUUUACACCUAAAA